UCUUUGUAAUAAAAAAAACCUAUUAUUUCGGCCCCUCACUGCUUUGCAUAUUUUUCCUCCCUCUCCUUCACACGUUUUGGAUUUUCUUUGUUGAAUUUUUGAGAAUUCAAUUUUGAAAAAUCAAUGGCGGAAGAAAUUGAGAAAUCUGUGCCGGCGGAGGAAUCUCUGAUGGAGAAGAUCUCUGAGAAGAUCCACCAUCACGAUUCGUCUUCAUCGUCUGAAUCCGAAUACGAGAAACCGGAUUCGCCUUCGGCUGUCAAGGCCAAGAUCUAUCGUCUCUUUGGUAGAGAGAAGCCUGUUCAUAAGGUUCUCGGUGGUGGAAAGCCUGCUGAUGUGUUCUUGUGGAGGGAUAAAAAGCUGUCAGCUGCUGUUCUUGGUGUUGCCACUGCUAUUUGGGUUUUGUUCGAGCUGGUUGAGUAUCAUUUGUUGAGUCUUUUGUGUCACAUUUCUAUACUCGCUCUUGGUGGCCUCUUUUUAUGGUCCAAUGCUCACACAUUUAUCAACAAGACUCCACCUCAAAUUCCAGAAGUCCAUGUUCCCGAGGAUGCAUUCCUUGUGAUUGCUUCUUCCCUGAGAAACGAACUAAACCAAGCUUUCGUUAUCCUACGGAGCAUUGCUUUAGGAAGGGACCUGAAAAAAUUCCUGAUGGUUGUUGUUGGUCUAUGGAUCAUCUCAGUGGUGGGCAACUGGUGCAAUUUCUUGACUUUGGUCUACAUCUGCUUCGUGAUAUUGCACACAGUGCCAAUGCUAUACGAGAAACACGAAGACAAGGUUGACCCAUUGGCAGAGAAAGCAAUGAAGGAGUUGCAGAAACAGUAUGUGGUGUUUGAUGAGAAGGUCCUUUCUAAAAUUCCCGUUGCUUCUCUCAAGGCAAAGGCAAAGUUGGGUUAAAGAGAUUACGUGUUUUUUUCUGGUUUAAGUUUUUGAUCAUGUGAAAUUGGUGGUCACUUGCAGAGUUUUGCCGCUUAUGGCCCAAUUGUUCUUUUACAAUUUUAUCACAUUUUGACUCCAAACAAGUGUUUUUCUUCUUCUUCCUCUAAAUACUAUUUUUUCCGGCUAUCAAUGGAGGAUUCUUGAGUUCAGGAAA